AUGUAUAUUAAAACACUUACCAUCCAAGGAUUCAAAUCAUACCGAGAUCAAACUGCUAUCGAACCAUUCUCUCCAGCCCACAAUGUUGUAGUUGGUAGGAAUGGAAGCGGAAAGAGCAACUUUUUUGCCGCAAUCCGGUUCGUGUUAUCCGAUGCGUAUACCUCCAUGUCGAAACAGGAGCGCCAGUCCCUUCUUCACGAAGGUGUUUCAACGGCGCAGACCAUGAGUGCAUACGUCGAGAUCGUUUUCGACAAUUCUGACAAUCGUUUUCCCACUGGUAAAGACACGGUUAUCCUUCGGCGCACGAUUGGUCUCAAGAAAGACGAGUACAGCUUGGACAGGAAGUCCGCGAGCAAGGGCGAUGUUAUGAAUCUACUAGAGUCUGCAGGGUUUAGUCGAAGCAAUCCUUACUAUAUUGUACCACAGGGAAGGAUUACUUCUCUUACCAACGCCAAGGACCACGAACGACUAGCACUGCUUAAAGAGGUUGCUGGCACUAAAGUCUACGAACAGCGCCGAGUUGAAAGCUUAAAGAUUAUGGAAGAAACAGAUGCCAAACGUUCGAAGAUUGCUGAGCUACUUUCGUACAUCGCCACACGGCUUGAAGAGUUAGAAGGAGAAAAAGAUGAAUUAAAGGAGUUUCACAAUGCAGAUCGAGAGCGACGGUGCUUGGAGUAUGCACUCUACACGCGUGAGCUGGAGGAGGUUGCCAAUAACUUGGAACAACUCGAAGAAGAAAGAAAACAGGAGAUACACGCUGCCAAUACUGCCCGGACAUCUUUUACUCAGCGCGAAGAACAACUCGCCGCUUUUGAGCGACAAAUAUCAUCUCACAGACAAACACUUGCAAUUCUUGGGUCUACUCGACCCGCACUCCGGGUCGAUCUCGCUGAUCUUACUGCGACCCGAGCAAAGGCUCAACUCGCUAUCCAAGAUCUACAGGAGCGGGGGGAGAUGGGGGAACAACGCCGAGAAGAAAUGCAGACUGAACUAGAGACAAUUGAAGCCAGAGCUGCAGAGGUCGAAGCAGGUCUGGCCGAAAUUCGACCCGAAUGGGAGGAAGUUGUUGAGCAGGAGAAAGAGGAGAAACGUUUGAUGGAUAACGCUCAAACUCGAUUGGGAGCAUUACAUGCAAAACAAGGGCGCAUUUCGCGAUUUAGUUCGCGUGCGGAACGUGACAAUUACCUUAGGGGUGAAAUCAAAGGGCUGAAAACUGCAGAAUCGGCGGUUGUGCAGUCUCUGAAUGCAGCGGAAGAAGAGAUAGCCUCUCUAAAAGAGAAGACAGAAGACAUACAUAGACGAACUGCGGAGUCCCGUGAACAAGUCCAGGAAAAGGGCAAUUCACUUACUCAGCUCGGCGAAGAGAUCGUACAGAAGAAUGCAAAAAAAGCAAAGCUUGUCGAACAGCGGAAGGAGUUGUGGAGGGAGGAUACAAAGUACGAACAGCUUGUUGGGUCUGCGAAGGACGAGCUGCAUGCGGCUCAGAGGGCAUUGGCGGGAAUGAUGGACCGAGAUACUGGUAGUGGCCUUCGGGCAGUAGAUCGGAUCACAGAACAGCUGGGUCUCGAAGGCGUUUAUGGUCCGCUUUACCGCUUGUUUGAGAUACCUGACAAAAAGUACAGCACAGCAAUUGAACAAACCGCUGGCAACAGUCUAUUUCAUGUCGUCGUUGACACUGAUGCCACAGCCCAGAAAGUAUUGGAGGUUCUGCAACGCGAAAAGUCGGGCCGGGUAACAUUCAUGCCCUUGAAUCGGCUGAAACCUAAGCUUGUACCGUUUCCCCAAGCCCCGGAUGCCAUCCCACUCAUUGACCGAUUGCAAUUCGAUCCAUUACACCGUCGGGCAUUCGAACAAGUGUUUGGCAAGACAGCUGUCUGCGAGAACUUACAAGUUGCUGCGGCAUAUGUAAGAAGCCACGGGUUGAACACUAUAACUCUUGAAGGAGACAAAGUCGAUCGAAAGGGUGCAUUGACCGGAGGCUAUCAUGACGUUCGGCGAUCCCGCAUCGAAACUAUUCGUGCUGUUAAACAUUGGACACAGAAGUAUGAGGCCGACUCAAAAAUUCUCGCCGAGAUCAAAGCUCAGGAUGCGCAGCUUGAACAAGAAAUUACCAAGCUAACAGGAGAGAUACAAGUCUUGACGAGCAAACGCACCCAAGCACAGGCUAUGCGUGCAGGACUGGCCGAUGAGGCAUAUGCACUAGACGUGGAGCAAACUCGCCUUGCUGCCCGUAUUGAGCAACUUGAGAGAGCCAAAGCCGAACAGGAAGCAGAUAUUCAAGACAUGAGGUUACGAAGGGAGACCUAUGAUGCAGAGAUGAAGACUCCACUUGCUGCGGGAUUGAGCCAGCAAGAAAUCGACGAAAUGGAGGAAUUAGGAAGAGAGGCGGACGCGAGGAAGAAAACGUUACUAGAAGUUGGGAAGCGAAAAACUGAAUUGGGUAUGCGGAAGAAUAUGCUCGAAAUUGAGUUGAGAGAGAGCUUGAAACGCAAGAAGGAUGAACUCCGGACGAAAAUCGACUCCCUGGCGCAUGUAGACACUGACGAUCUGGAAUCGACUGGAGCGGAUUUGGCUGCUAAAACGCAGGAAUUAGAUGCGCUCAACGAUUCGAUUACAACGUUGCAGGAUCGUAUCACGGGCACGUUGUUCACCGAGUUUGAGCAUGAUAAGCUCACAUCGGAACUGAACAAACUCAUGGCUCAGGUAGAGAAACUGCAGACUCAACAAGUUGAAGACAGUCGUGGUAUCUCUCGGCAACAAAAAAGCACGGAAAGAUACUUAACCAAACGACAGGUCCUCCUGACCCGCAAGGAUGAAUGCAAUACCAAGAUUCGAGACCUGGGUGUAUUACCCGAAGAAGCUUAUGAGAAAUACGUCAAUGAGCGUAUAGAUAAGCUUGUUAAACGCCUUCACAAUGCAAAAGAGAAUCUUAAGAAGUUUGCACACGUUAACAAGAAGGCAUUUGAACAAUAUACGAAUUUUACGAAACAACGAGAGCAAUUUAUUAAACGGCGGGAAGAUCUGGACGAGUCUGCUAAUUCAAUUACGGAGCUGAUUGAAAGUUUGGAUCGUCAAAAGGACGAGGCGAUUGAACGUACAUUUAAACAGGUCUCGAAGAAUUUUGAAGAAGUAUUCGAGAAACUAGUGCCUGCCGGCAGGGGCAGGUUGAUCAUGCAGAAGAGACUUGAUAUGGAUCAGGAUGAUGACGAUGAUGACGACGCUGGCCAGCAGAGUUCUAUUGAUAAUUAUACUGGAGUGUCCAUCAAGGUGUCUUUUAACUCGAAAGUCGAUGAGGGGUUGCGGAUACAACAGCUUUCUGGCGGGCAAAAGUCACUGGUGGCCCUAGCAACAGUAUUUGCGAUCCAAAAAUGCGACCCAGCCCCCUUCUAUCUGUUUGAUGAGAUUGACGCAAACCUCGAUGCUCAAUACCGUACUGCAGUAGCAUCUAUGAUUCACGAACUCUCUUCAAACGCUCAAUUCAUUACCACCACUUUCCGUCCCGAAAUGCUUGUACGCGCUGACAAGUUCUAUGGAGUCUUGUUCAACAAUCAGAAAAUCAGCUCCAUUCGAAGCAUCACACGCGAAGAAGCACAAGAAUUUGUCGAGCAAGAAACUGCGGCUCAAUGA